UAUGUGUUUAAUGAAUGUUCCAUAUGUACAGCUACAAUAGAAGAUUUGAGAGGAUGCUGAGUUGCAUGAACAUUUGCUUCUUGAUAUUUAAUGUGGUCUGCUGUCGUGAGCUGGAAACUUAUGCUCGUUUUUGUUUUUCCUUGUGUGUGUGUGUGCAACGUUAAAUGUAAACAGUUGUAUAAUAGAGUCUCACGCGACGGUGCUAGUUUUGGUUGUGAAUUUGGUUUGGUUCGUUUUCCGAAUUCAUGUGAUUUACAUAAGCUGCUUAGCUUUCUACAUAUCAGAUUAUAUUUUGUUGAAACUUUGAGAAUGAAGUAUGGUAGUGUUGAAAACGUCAGCUAGAACAAUGCCACUACUUGCUAAUAAAAUAACCGCAGAUCUUCAGCAUGACCUGCAUCAGUAGACCUGGAUUCCUCCUAAGUGACAGUGACUCCAGUGAUUCAGAGCAGCUGCCUGUGUUUGAUUUCUCACAGUCAAAAUCCAGACAGCCCAACCUGGUGGUUUUAGACAGUUCAGACUCAGAAAUGGCUCCUGUUUCUGAUCCAGUUUCUUCUUUGGAAGUCCAAGCCUCCGCUGGAGCUGCUAGAAGUGACGUGUUGAUGGUCAGUAGUGACAGUGAAGAAGAGGAGGCCAUGAUUCCCUUAGCUGUAAGACUGAAACAGAAACAGCUUGGGCUGGGUACAGCAACUAUCAGUGCAGAGGAGACCCGGGCUUCUAAUGUGGUUUCCAAUGGAUGCUCACGCCUCUUAGCUGUUCCAGCACAUCAUAUCAACCCUGAGGCCCAGCCGGUUGAACGUAACAAGAUCUGUAGCAAUAUAACAAGGCAGUGCAUCUCAAACAACAAUGCACCAUACCUCACAAAAGAACCUCCACCUGAAGCAGAAAAUGGCGCUUACCUGGCCAAACGCAAGAAAACCCCAGCAGAAGUUGAGGCUGCCAGACAGGAAGCCCUGAGGAAAAGAGCAAUGCAAAAGCAUCAGCAGGAGGAGAAGGAGAGAUUGAGGAUGGAGAAGAAAGCUCUGGCUGAUGCUGUGAAGAUCCUAAGGCCAGAGGAGUGCAUCAAACACAUGGUAGUGACGGUCGAUCCAGGCCUACUGCAGCUGGAAGGUGGCGGCGCUCUCCUGACUUCUCUGCAUGCUAUGGGCUGCAGUUGUGCCAUAGAGAAGCAGUCUCUUCCUUGUAGUGUCACCUGGGCCAGACGCUCACCUUGCCCUCAGACUGGUGAGAUGAUGUCCAUUCCAGACUCAAAUACUGUAAUCCAAGUUCCUGUGGAUGACUUUGUAACCAUGAUUAAUAACUACUGCAAGCGGCAAUGCAACGGUGUGUUGAUGGAAAGCGGCAUAUCUCUGACCACUUGGAUCCAAGGACUUAUGAGCAGGAACCCAGGCAGAACCCUUAGUCUGGUUGUGAUUGACAUAGACAAGUACUUCAGAUCCCAGAAUUCAAAAUGUCAGAAGAAAUACCGUGAGGCGGUGCUUGGUGAGGAAAAGAAUGUAGGACUUCAGGGAGCGCAGAAAAAGAGAAGAAAGAAAGAUGAUAUCAAUCAGCUUCCUGAGGUCUCGCGAGUGCAGGUGGAGGAGGCUUUGGUAGACCUGCAACUGCAAACUGGGGUGCAGGUUCGCUUCCUCUCUACCUGGAAAGACUUCACUGAUUAUAUAACCAUGUCAACCAAAGCAGUAGCCGAGGCACCGUUCAAACGGGAGCGAGAGAAGACGGGUUUCACAUUUUGUUUGGAGAGUGAGUGGGCAGGGGGUCAGAAGGUGGACCGCACAGGGAACGGCCUUCUGCAAGUUUGGAAGAGGCAAAUACAGCAGUUGAACCGCGUCAGCCCUGAUAUGGCCAGUGCCAUACUCAGUGCCUACCCUUCUCCUCGGCUUCUUACUCAGGCAUAUGCACGGUGCAAAUCGGAACAUGAAAAAGUUGGUCUGCUGGCAGACAUUCUCAUUCGUCGUGGAGAGGGCGUGACAUCUACAACCCGCAGAGUUGGUCCAGAGCUUUCCAAACGGCUGUUUCUUUUGAUGAUGUCAUGUGAUGCUCAUCAGCCCCUUGAUUCUGCUGUAUAGGUUCUUUUGUAUCCUUGUACACAUGAGGAAAAAUGUCAAAAGCUAUCGAUAUUUAUCACAGUUCAGAUAUUUGAUAAACUUCAAGCCUGAAUUUGCCAGAUUUUCAAAAAAGUUAUAUUUCUCAGUUUUUACUAUAAAUUGUUGCUAUUAAAUGAUUCUCAAAGUACCUAAAAAACAUUUUACUUUACCUCCAUCGGAAUUAGUUUUUCUCAAAUUACCCCAUUGCAAACCUUUAUGUACCUCUUUAUACUAAAGGGGGAACCUUGAAAGUUUCUUCGAGCUUUUUGUUCUCUUCUUCCCAGUGGCAAAUAACCUUGGACGGAAGCCGAAAUGCAGUAAAUGAUCAGAAAUGCUACACAAGCACAGUAUUUCUUGGACAUGUUUAAGACCAAUAGGUCAUACCCAAGCUGAAUCAUUUAGAAUUCAUUCCCUUUAUGUUAUUUUUACAUAUAUUACCAGCACUAGAGAGGACACUAUUAAUUACAAAAGCUUUUGGCUUUUUUCCUGUUAAAGGCACUAUUGCACUCCUUUCGGUAACCAAAAUGGCCCCUUGAGUCACUGUCUAAGGACCAUAGAGACUCAUGGCUCAUUUCCAGCACACUAGACAAUGGCACCUGACCAAGGAGUGUGGUGUUGCCGGAAACGAGCGGUGGGGUAACGAGCCGUUAAAUGUGCUUAAGAGAUGAGCUGCAUGCUUCAUCCCUGUCCCUGAAGGCAGUAUUUCCUCUACAGUUUAAGGGAUGGCAUAACAAACUAUGGCUAGUAGGUGUGUACUUGUGCCGAAGGGAAUUAUAUGAGCAGAAGUACUGCAGCUUGAAAAGGGAUCACCUUGGAGUGAUUGUUUAGCUGAAUAGUAUGAAAUCCAAUUUCCGUGUACUCUGAAUGCAGACUAUAAUAGCUUUUAUGACCUAGAGUCUGCAGUGCUACUGCUAACGUCUUCAGUGGCUUGUGAAUGGUUGAAUGAGACUUUAAUUUCCAAAAAGCUGUUGUAGAAUAUCAUGACUUGCAAAGUACAAUGUAACUCAUCUAACCUAAAUGUUUAGGAGGAGGAAUUGUUUCUCUCUAAUAGUGUUUCAUUUGCAUCAUAAUACAAAUAUCCGUGGAAGUGUAAAGGGUCUGUUUAUGUGUCUGCAAUGUGCAUAUAUGAGUCAUGACUACUCCAAAUGAUAGAUUGCACCUUGGAAAGAAUUUCUGUUCAGCAGAGGAGCAAUUUCUCAUUUCUGGUGCACGCAGGAUUUUUCCUGCUUC